AGCUUUUUCUGUCAGAAAAAGCUUUUCACAAUGAGAGAGACGGCAGGAUAUGCAGGAAGCAAACAGCACCAGAGGUACACAGCCAUCAGACUCAGCAGAGACUGAAAGAAGGAAGGAAAGUUCCCUCUUCUUUUUAGGAAGCCCACAACCUCACCCGUCGCCAUUUCUCUCUGCCACCACCGGGGUCUAACUGACACUCCUCUCCUAUAAACACUGACCGCCAUGGAUGUUGACUUCAGGGCUUCUUGGGUCCACCCUUUCAAGCACUUCUCUACCUUCCAAGCUGCGCGCAUUCCCACUGAUAGUCAGUUAAUAUUGGAUGAUUCAGAUGGGGAGGAUGAUGCAAGAGCUUGUAUUCCAUGCCCCUUCUGUUACGUGGACAUUGGCUUGUCUAUGCUCUGUAGCCACUUGCAAGAAGAUCACUGCUUUGACUUAAAAUGCGCAGUUUGUCCUUUGUGUGCUGCAAAUCUUGGGAAAGAUGUGAUUGGGCAUUUUAUAGUGCAGCAUGCAAGCUCCCUAAAGCGGAGGCAGAAAUCUGAGAAAUCCGGCUUCUUGAAUGGCAAUUCUGCAAUGCUUGGCAAAAAGCUUCGAACAAAUGCUGUGGUAAACAAACAAGAAUUUGCACCUGAUCCACUUCUCUCACAGUUUAUCAAUGGUAUAAAUGCUUUGGACCCUAAAGGUAUCCAGCAAGAUGAAUGCUUUGGAGAUGAUGCUUUUGAUGUGAAAAGCAUUGAGCCAUCUUCAAUGGAUGAAGGUCGCGAACAAGAUAUCGAAGAGCGAAGGCAGAAAGCAGCUUUCGUCCAACAGCUGAUCCUGUCAACCAUUUUCUGAGACCUAUCCCCAAGUUCCUUGAAGCUCAGCAAUUUCCAGAAGAUGCAAACAAAUUGCUUCACUCGACGAUUGAACGAAAUGUUUUCAACUGGUGUUGGGUUUCCAUGUGGUGCAUGGUUUUAAGUUGCUAGAAUAGUUUGUAAUUUGUGCUGUCUAAAUAUUUGGUCUGGAAAUGGCAAACUAAUUUAAGGCAGUGUGAUAGUAAAUAUUGGUCUGGAGAAUCAGCCUGUCCAUGUACUAAUGGGGCAGGAGCAAACGUUCUGGUUAUGGAGCUGAUUAAAUCUAAAUUCCAGGCACAAAUUUCAUGCAAAAA